AUGAUGAUGGAGAACGGAGUGAUGACAAACAAUUAUGAUGGGGGGUUGUAUGCGGAUGGAUACAUGGAACAGGAAGAGGAGUGGGAACGCGAGGGUCUGCUAGACCCAGCUUGGGAAAAACAACAGAAAAAGACCUUCACCGCAUGGUGCAACAGUCACUUGAGAAAAGCCGGUACCGGUAUCGAAAAUAUCGACGAAGAUUUCCGCAAUGGGUUGAAACUUAUGUUGCUGCUGGAGGUCAUCUCCGGCGAAACCCUCCCAAAGCCCGAUCGUGGCAAAAUGCGUUUCCACAAGAUUGCUAACGUCAACAAAGCCUUGGACUUCAUUGCAUCCAAAGGAGUAAAAUUGGUGUCCAUCGGUGCCGAAGAAAUCGUCGACGGCAACCUGAAGAUGACUCUCGGUAUGAUCUGGACCAUCAUUUUGCGAUUUGCCAUCCAGGACAUCUCAGUGGAAGAAAUGACCGCCAAGGAAGGUCUGCUGCUCUGGUGUCAGCGCAAGACAGCCCCAUACAAGAACGUCAAUGUCCAGAACUUCCAUCUAUCAUUCAAGGACGGUCUAGCCUUCUGUGCCCUCAUCCACAGACACAGGCCAGACCUCAUCGAUUAUAGUAAAUUGUCCAAGGAUAAUCCUCUGGAGAAUUUGAACACGGCCUUCGAUGUGGCCGAAAAGUACCUCGACAUCCCCCGCAUGUUGGACCCUGAUGACUUAAUAAACACACCAAAGCCGGACGAGCGCGCCAUUAUGACCUAUGUGUCGUGUUACUACCACGCCUUCCAAGGCGCGCAACAGAACACGGCGAUGCCAGACGAGCGUGCCGUCAUGACAUACGUCUCUUCAUACUACCAUUGCUUCUCUGGCGCUCAAAAGGCUGAGACGGCCGCGAACCGCAUCUGCAAAGUUCUCAAAGUCAACCAGGAGAACGAACGCCUCAUGGAAGAGUAUGAACGUCUUGCCAGUGAUCUGUUGGACUGGAUAAGGCGUACUAUGCCGUGGCUGAACAGCCGCCAAACCGACAACUCUCUUGCCGGUUGCCAGAAAAAGCUGGAAGAUUACCGUACUUACAGGCGUAAACACAAGCCGCCACGUGUAGAGCAGAAGGCCAAGCUAGAAACAAACUUCAACACCCUCCAAACCAAACUCCGUCUUAGUAACCGCCCCGCCUACAUGCCAACCGAGGGCAAGAUGGUUUCUGACAUCGCCGGUGCCUGGAAGGGACUGGAGAUCGCUGAGAAAGCGUUCGAAGAAUGGCUUCUCAGCGAGAUGAUGCGUCUUGAGCGUCUUGACUACCUGGCACAGAAGUUCAAGCACAAAGCCGACAUCCACGAGGACUGGACCAGAGGUAAAGAGGAGAUGCUCCAGUCUCAGGACUUCCGUCAGUGCAAGCUGAAUGAUAUCAAGGCUCUGAAAAAGAAACACGAAGCUUUUGAAUCUGACCUCGCUGCGCAUCAGGAUCGUGUUGAACAGAUUGCAGCCAUCGCACAGGAGCUCAACACACUGGAAUACCACGACGUGGCGUCAGUGAAUGCGCGGUGCCAGCGCAUCUGCUCGCAGUGGGACCGGCUCGGCGCGCUCACGCAGCGCCGCCGCCACGCGCUGGACGACGCCGAGCGCGUGCUGGAGCAGAUCGACCUGCUCCACCUCGAGUUUGCUAAGCGCGCUGCACCUUUCAACAACUGGUUGGACGGAACCCGAGAGGACCUUGUAGAUAUGUUCAUCGUGCAUACCAUUGAAGAAAUCUCUGGUCUCAUGGAUGCGCACGCUCGCUUUAAGGCUACCCUCGGGGAAGCGGACAAGGAAUAUCAGGCGAUAGUCAACCUGGUGCACCAGGUUGAGUCUAUCGUGAAACAACACCAGAUCCCUGGAGGUUUGGAGAAUCCCUACACCACUCUUACUGCUCACGAGCUGAACCGCAAGUGGUCAGACGUGAGGCAGUUGGUGCCCCAGCGGGACGGCACGCUCAAUGCAGAGCUGCGCAAGCAACAGAACAACGAGAACCUCAGGCGCCAAUUCGCCGAGAAGGCUAACGCCGUCGGACCGUGGAUCGAAAGGCAAAUGGAUGCAGUCACUGCCAUCGGCAUGGGUCUGCAGGGCUCUCUGGAAGACCAACUGCGCCGGCUCAAGGAAUACGAGACUGGAGUCUACGCUUACAAACCUCACAUUGAGGAACUCGAGCGCAUCCACCAGGCUGUACAGGAGGGAAUGAUCUUCGAGAAUAGGUACUCGCAAUACACAAUGGAAACUCUGCGUGUUGGAUGGGAACAACUUCUUACUUCUAUCAACCGCACUAUUAAUGAAGUCGAGAACCAGAUCUUGACCCGUGACUCUAAGGGCAUUACUCAGGAACAAUUGACAGAGUUCCGCGCUUCUUUCAACCACUUCGACAAAAACCGCACUGGCCGCCUAGCACCCGAGGAAUAUAAAUCUUGCUUGGUGUCUCUGGGCUACAGUAUCGGCAAGGACAGACAAGGAGAACUCGACUUCCAGCGCAUACUUGCCGUAGUCGACCCCAACAACACUGGCUACGUUUCGUUCGAUGCGUUCCUGGACUUCAUGACGAGGGAAUCUACAGACACCGACACCGCCGAACAAGUCAUCGACAGCUUUAGGAUCUUAGCCGGCGACAAGCCCUACAUCACUGCCGACGAGCUCCGCCGCGAGCUGCCGCCGGACCAGGCGGAGUACUGCGUGGCGCGCAUGCCGCCCUACCGCGGCUCGGGCGCCCCGCCCGGCGCGCUCGACUACAUGGCCUUCUCCACCGCGCUCUACGGCGAGACCGACCUUUAG